AUUUUUUUUCCUUUUUAAAAUGGAGUAGCAUAAAUUUACUUGUAUUUGCAUUUCCACAUUGGAAAGUAACCUUUUACUGUGUCUCCCCAUGACUAUUUGCAAGUUCCUGAUUGGAGAGAAAAACAGUUCCUUAUAGAUCUUAAACUAGCAAAGAAGUUAAAAUUCGAUUUGCAUCCAGCAGAAAGCUAACCUAAGAUGGAUUGUCUUGGAAAAGUACUUAACAAUGUGAAACGGCGCCUAAUCCAAAUAUCAAUGUCAAAAACUCAGCACCUAAGACAAGUUUGUCAAGUAAGUGAUUGCUUUCGAAGUGCAGCGUAUAUGACAAAUCUCAAGCAUGUAUCAUUGCUAUGUGGUCAGCGACACAAUGCUUCAACAAGCAGAAAUGCUAGAUCUGCCAAACUUCUAUUUUUAAAUAUGUGCCACAGAAACUUUGGAUGUUAUUCCGUUUCUUUACAAAGGCAUCAAGAGAAUAAUCAGAAUCCAGAAACAGUUGGUGAUGCAAAAGACAAAUGGGAAAGCCUCCUUGACAAUGAUGAGAAGCGAGAAAAUAUUGCUUCAAUUCCAACUAGAAAGGAAAAUAUAUUUACAGUUCCAAAUCUUCUCUCUUUUUCCCGGAUAGUUGCAACGCCAUAUAUAGCUUAUCUGGUAUUGGAAGGAAAUUAUAUAUGGGCGACUGCAGGUCUUAUAAUAGCUGGAAUAACCGACAUAUUGGAUGGACAAAUUGCACGCCGGUGGCCAUCCCAAAAAUCAGCAUUUGGUACUGCUUUGGACCCUCUUGGGGACAAAAUUUUAAUAACUGUACUUACAGUAACAUUAGCCAAAGCUAACCUACUACCAUUGCCUUUGGCGGUUCUUAUUGUGGGUCGUGAUGUUUUAUUAAUACUCGCCGUUUUUUAUUUACGAUAUCGGACUUGUCCACCCCCAUUAACAUUGAAAAGAUAUUUUGAUCCCACACUUGUGAAUACCAAAUUGAAUCCAACAACUAUCAGCAAGGUCAAUACGGUUUUGCAAGUUGCGAUUAUUUGUAUGGCAAUCAGUGCCCCAAUAUUUGAAUUGUCUCAACAUCCUGCGCUAUAUGGAAUUUUUGCAUUAACCGGUCUCACAACGAUAUGGUCAGGCCUGGAUUACAUAUUCAAUAAAAACACUGUACAAAUUUUAAAAGAACCGAAGUUAAAAGAUGGACAGUUCUAGCAUUUGAAAUUCUGAUUAUAUAGUUUUUGUCAGUUAUGUGUUUACAAUCAUCCUUUUCUGAGCAUCCCAAAAUCUCUAUUAUAUGUAACUGAACAAUGUAGUAGUACUACCAUUGGUUCAGAUUCGGGAUGCCUAAAACAAAUUGUUCAUUUAGAUCAGAGUUUUCCAAACUUUUGGGGCCGCGGACCUCUGUUUGAGAAUAUUAGUUUUGUCGGACCCCAUCAUAUGUCAUAUCAAUUUCUGUGCCUAACCAACGAGUAAAGUUAAUGUUUCAUAUACAACACAAACGACAUUAAUUUGAUGGAUGAGGUUGCUUUUCACUGCACAGUUCUAUUUUCGGAGCAAUUUGUGACAGUGACAGUGACAGCCUCACGCAUGUAGGCAAUAAAUGUUUUGCCUUUUCUGACAGCAAUGGAUAUUUGCCCGCAACGCUCAAUCAAAAAUAUGCAAUUGCUCUUUGAUUAAAAUCAAUCAUUUAAUAUCGAUCAGACAUUUUUUAUAUCGUUGCGGACCCCAGUUUGGGAAACCCUGAUUUAGAUAGUUUAAAAUUGUCACUGAACAUUCAGCAUCCCGAAGACCAAUAUAUUUGAAUUCAUAAAAGCUGUAGAUAAUCAAUGAAACAACCUUAUCCUCUGUAACACUAGAUAUCUAUGGAUAACAAAUGAUUUGUGAAAUAAUCCAUAUUCAAAAUAUUUAUUUGAAAUAGUAAAUUAUUAGGUAUUGUACAUCUAUUCAAUGUGCCCCUGAAUGUUGUUUCAAGAUAAACUAAUUGUCAUGAGCCAUGGCUUCAGCUGCUGUUGAUUUGUAAUGUAUUUUUUUCCAAUUGAUUUCCAAAUAUCAAUCCAUCCAUGCUAAAAUGUUGAUGAUACUGUAACUGGGCUGGGAACAAGAACAGGCUAACAGUUACCACAGUGAAUGACAUUUGAUUUAUAGCGAAAGAAUGAUGGCUAAAUUUGAACUCUCCGCUCAGUCGCCAAAUAUUAUAUAUAUAUAUAUAAAAUAUCAUAUAUAUACAACCAGAUGUGUGAAACACCAGGGGCUCUUACACUAUGAAUGGAUCAAUCUGCCCUAGAAACUGUGACAACUCAAAAUUUAUCACUUAUUCCCUAUGCAGGGUUAGAAAAAUUUAGUAAAUAAUUUACAAUCCAAUGAAGAUAUAAAGAAAGACCUUGUUGAAAUGUUUGUGUAUGUUGCAUUGCAUGGAUGAACUCGCACUAAACCAACCUCACAUAGUCUUGAGCAUACAUUAAGAUUUGGGUUUCGCUAGACUUGAAAAAUGGAAUGUAGUCAAAGCAUAGAACAUUUCCAUCCAAAGUAAAUCUCGGCACUGGCUAUCUAGAGGAAAAAUGAUCACAAUCCUCACAGCUGUAUAUUCAAAUGACAGAAACUAUAUCCUUUUUUCAAUUACAUCGUUCCGAUCUGAUCAACUAAAACGAAACUGGUAGUGAAACAGUAGACAAUGAUUGGAUAUUAACUACCGUAAUUAAAAAUGCAAGUUAGGACAUUUAGCUUUCUAAGCCGAGCUUUAGAGAACACCCUCAGAGAACACAGAAGUAAGCCUGAUUUAUUGGUUUUGAAUUUAUGCACAAAAUUUUCAGCUAGAACUGUAAAGUAACAACCAGUUGAAUAAAGAAGUUCUGAAAUAGUUGUUCAAAUGUUAAAAGGUUUUUCCUUUUGUAACAUAGAUCAUAUUGACUGGCAUAAACAAAAAAUUUAAAUUAGAAUGUUUAACUUAAUUUUAGAAAAUUCUUAAUAAUAAAAACUAUUAUUAUACGUGCCAUGCUUUGAAUAAACCUGUCAUGUAUAGGCACAAAAUAAACUUUGUAUAUAGAGUAA